AAUGUCGGGCAUGAAAUUUGAUGGUCGGAGUAUCAAAAACGGCUAAAUACAGUUUGCGAAUGGCAAAAACCGAUGUUAUCCGCAUUAACGCUUAAAUGUAACACGGUUUUUAACGCUUCACAUUACUCGAGCGUAAACGACGGUAGGUGGAGAAAUUCGUAUCUAACAUACAAACAAGUCCCACCACUUUUGUAUCGAAGACAACACAGACGACAGACGUGCGCUGAUUGUGUCCUCACUAAAAAGUCAUACAUUAAAAAACAUACGUUGAUAAGUUCAAUUUUGGCGUUGUUAUUGGAUAUUUAUUUUACCUAGUAAAUGACAUCUGUGUGUUUUUGGAAUUAAGGUGUGGCGUUUCUGGGCCGGAGUUUUUCAACGUUUUGUGAUUAUUUUUCGAUGUAAAUGUGAUUGACUAAACUUUUCGCGCCUACCCAACCUGAGCUGCGUUUAUUUAUAAAGUGGCCCGUGCAUGGAUGCAUAGCUUUAUAUAAGAUGCAUUAUAAGAUGUUCAAUUCAAUUAGCUAUUGAAAACGGUGUAUAUCCUUAAUAUAAACGUUUUGUGGAACGACUACAUUACGAUUACAUAAAAUUAAGCCCAAGAGACUCCGGUUUUAAACAUACACAAGGCCAGAAUGACUGUCUUCCACACCGGAAAUGACGCACGCGCGUCCAUAGAGAAUCUUCACGCGAGAGACGCGGACAGAGAUGGUGUCGAAUCAACUUCAUCCGGAUACACGAGCCAGCAGGAGCGCGGGAAAGUUCUCGUCUGCAUAACUUUUGUGCUCGAGCUCAUCAUUUUGGCGGGAAUCAUUGUGCUCGAGUACUUUCUCAGGUGGACAGAGGCGUUCCCGAUGCGGAAGGUGAACUUCACGUGCACGGACCCGGGCCUAUCCCACUCCGAGGCUGACCCCGCCUUCGCGUCCUUCACCUUCAGGGCCGUCAUCCCCACCGAGGUCGUCUACUCACUCAGUCUCUGCGUGCCGCCUUUUGUGAUGCUGAUAGGCGAGGUGGCAGUGUGGGCGUUCACAGAGGACAACCAGAAAUCAGUGCGUGUCUGUUGCAACCCGUGUAACGUGCCGCAGUUCUUUCGGCGUCUCGUGCGCUUCGUAGGAGUGUUCGUGUUCGGACUGGUGUCCGUGAUGGUGUUCGUGGACGUUGUGAAGCUGCUGACCGGCCAGCUGCGGCCCAACUUCCUUGAGGUGUGUCGACUCAACACCACCCGGUGUCUUCUCAACGGAAAUGUCGGUGGGGACGAGCUAUGCACGAAUGCUAACCGCAUAGAGCUGCGACAUGCCAGGGGAUCUUUCCCGUCCAUGCGUGCAACCAUGACUGCAUAUGCUGCCGUCUUUAUAUCGAUCUACAUCCACGGCGCCCUACGGACGCGCUCCGUGCGCGUGCUGAGGCCCUUCCUGUCGCUCGUGUUCCUCAUGCUGUCUCUCCUGUGCGGGCUAGCGGAGAUAGGACUCAACCACAACGCCUGGAUCGACGUCGUAGUCGGCUGGGGGACGGGCAUUGCCAUGGCGAUGUACUUGGGAGCGUUCGUUCUCUACAAUUUCCGGGAGUACGUCUCCGAGCGGAAGAUGAUCCGGCUUCUACACGGCUUCCUGGUGGACCACCAGCUGCUAAAUGAGAUCACAAAGGACGGCAAACUCCGCCUGUUUCCGUUCCCGUUCCACAUACCGCGUGCUCACACUCGCCCCGCCUCCCCGUACGCGCAGAAAUUUGACGGAAUCAAGCCUCAAGCCACGCCCCUCGCCGUGUACGACGACACCGGGGCGGGGCCUUCCACUGACAAGUACCACGACCGACCGAUGCCCAGCCCGGGUUACCAUGACAACCAAAGAAUGUCACACCUGUGAACCGCAGGGGACCACCUUAUGCUAGUUGGGGAGAAAAAAGCUUACUUGACCAUUCAACAAUAACUAGAUUUGAAAAAAAAUAUGGUAAAAUAGUGUCAAAAAUGUACUCUAAUUAAGAUGCACUGUCAACAAAAACAAACAAUGCAAUGAAGAUACUGAAUAACCAUUAGAUCAAUAAAAAUAAAAAUAAGACUACGCAGAACUGCCAGUGAAAUAAAAACAUUUAAGUAAUGUUUAUAGGAAAGAAAACGUUUUGUAACAAUUUAGAAAUGGAUGUAUGGCGGUUGUGUGCUUUCUUAAAGUCGUCUAUGGGAAUAACUUGUGAACCAAUUUAAAGAGGAAGCGCCAAUUGGUUAGAAUUAAACUCAUCACAGUGAUAUGGAAACAUUUUCAAAGAACUUGUUCAAAGUAGCUAAACAGAAGAGACCAGCGUUAGGGCCAUGCUUUAUCCUUUAAAAGAAUAAAAUUAGACUACGAACCAUUUCAGGUACAACCAAACUUUUAUGAUUUAUUUUUUACCCUUCAGAUCUAGUUAAUUUUGCUAAUGUUUAAACAUAUGCAUCGUAUGUUAUUUGUGCUCUUCAAAUCGGAGGUCGAUUAUCAAUUAUACAUAAUUGUGAAGAAAUAUGUGUUGAAAUAUAGACUAUUAUGCAUAUAUUUAUAACAAGUACAUGUAUACUAACUUCUUUCGCUAGAUACACAUUUAAUUUUUUAAUGGAAUAUACGCGUUUUUAUACAAAUUAAAUCGGUAUUUUUGUAAAUACAUAUAAAAAAGUA